ACCGUCUCGAUAACACCAUCGCAACAACUCCCAUUAGCAACAGGCCGCGGGUAGUCCUCCACUUAUUCAGUGUCGCCUGCUGUUAUACCGAGAAGACACCCUAAGCCUGCCCAAAACUUUAGUCAGUAAACCUUUGAGCAUUACUUGUGAUAAUUAAGUGUGUGAAAACAUGAACAGAGACUUGAGAAAUAUAGCUGGAAGAUGGUGUAGCUGUCACCUAUGCAAUAUACGUCUUGGGAAAGAUUUUUAUAUUGUAUUAUAAAUUGUAUUUUAAAUUGUCGUGCAAGGCAUCAGCAUGGGUCUGAGGAAACUUGUCCAGGAUGGCACCACCUCGUAUAUGUACACUAGAGUUCACAACACUGCAGGAAACGAAAAUGAAAUAAAGAUUAUUGUAGUGGAGAAGAAUAAUUCUUUCACACUGAAGCUCUCUCCAGGAGACAGCUCAGUAGUCAAGUGGAGUCACAUUCUUAAAAAGACUCCUCAGGAGUAUUUGUCACAACUGAAUAAAGCUGUUGUACACUUCCACAAGGCUACUGAUGAACUAAAGGAUAGCAAAGAGGAUAUAUUUGAGGUUCAGGAAGAAUAUUUAGUGUGGAAGCAAUAUUUUCCCAAACAGAAAGUGUAUGGAAAGAGAGGAAAAUUUAAACUUGAGAAGGUGCCAUAUGAGGAUGCAGUCAGUGAAGCACUAGAAGGAACUCUGUGUGAUCUGGAAACUAAUUCAAAAUAUAUUCAAAAACUUACCACUGAAGUGGAAGAAAAAUCUAAAAAAUUAAAUAAUGCCAUGGAUUUGGCAGCAAGAAGUGUAAUAGCAAAAGAGGAAUUUGAGAAGGAAAUUUAUGGUAAGUGUGCAGCCAUCAUCAAUGCCAAGAAACUCAGGAUACAGCAACUAAAAUCCAGUCAUCCAAGUAGCUCAGCCAUAUUACUCUCCAUAAAUCCAGUAGGUAGACCAGAAUGCCUUGUUAGGUCUACCGAGAAUCCAGGGCCGUCUCAACCAUCCAAGAAAGCUAGAUGUGAGAAAAGUGACAGUGACUGUUACAAUUCUGACACUGAUAUAGAUGAUCCUGAUGACCAGGACAUGGAUACAGACGAUGAAAAUCGGACCCGUCUCUCACCAUGUAAACAGAAACAGAAGACCAUAUGGGAUGUGCAUUCAGCAGGCAACACUAAGGUGACUAAUGUGGACUCACAGGAUUUGUUUGAUGAUAGCUUAGAAGCAGAGCUGUAUCCCUCAAGCACCACGAGUAUGAAACGAACUAUACCAAGCAAGACAUCUGUUUCCAAUCAGAAUGGUGCGCGUUCCAUAAAAAACUCAAAAGCCAAUAAAGCUAAAACAUCAGAAGCAUUAAACUCAAGUGUAAGGUCACAGAGGGACUCUCAAAAAAAUGGAGGAACAAGUAAUUCUGCUCUGUUAGCAAACACUCAAAAAUCCAUAUUUGAUGAACUCUUUUAAAUAGACCUCCACAAACCUGAAGACAAGUACAGCAAUUUUAGUAUGUGAUUAUGGUUAUGAAUGAACUUGCGUGAAUGUAUAGAUGUUGUUUUAAAAUUUAUUUUUUAAAAGUUUUACCUACAGUAUACAAAGUACUGUACUUAAUCAUAUGCAUUAAUUCAUUACAAGAGUGCUAUUAAAUAUGUGGUAGUCAGUUCAUCACUGUGUGUAUUUUCUUAUGAUGCUGUCAUUUCUUCUCUUACUCUUUAUAAUAACCCAUUAGAAGUUCAACAGAAAAUAUAUAAAGUUAGCCUAUUUAACUUAGUUGAUAAGUACUGUACUAUGCUGUGAUUUUUUAACUUGAUUAACUGCAGUCAUUUUAAUUCAAUUAAUCAUAGUGCCUUUUAAAAUGUGCCUUUUUAUUACUGUAAAAACGUGUAUUAUCCACUAAUUGAUUAUUUAGUGCAAUGGUAUGAAAGUUUUAUAUUGGAAAGCUUAAAAAUCUGUAUUGUUAUAUUUACAGUUUUAUGUUAAUUGACAGUUUCAGUUUAUUUUAAGGAAAUAAAAGUUGAGUGAUUGCUAAAUAUAUGCUUAAUUAUAUGUACAGGUAUAAUUUUUUUUAUCAAUACUCAGCAUUUCACCAAACAAUAAAAAUAUGUAUAAAUUAG